AUGGAUCUGAGUCUCCCAAUUCGAAUACCAAGCCGAAGGAAUGGUGAAAGUAGGGCCCACUUCACCAACUACACCCCUACUUCAUCCACCGAGGCUAUUGCUGGACCAAUUCGAGAACCUGCACCUCUAAAUGAUCGACUGAUUGUCGGCCUGGAUUUUGGAACUACGUAUUCAGGCGUAGCGGCUGUAUACACAUCAACUCCAGACGAUGUUGAGAUUAUCAAGACCUGGCCAGGUGGAAAUGGAAUCACGUCGGAUAAAGUUCCAACUGAAAUUGCAUACGACUUCCCCCCGAACGCCCCUGAUGGUGCUGAUCCUAACAUCAAGUGGGGGUUUCAAUUCAGACCUGAGGAAUCUCGCCUUCGAUGCAUCAAAUUAUUCCUCGACCGGUCACAGAAGCUGCCUUUCUAUGUGAGUCCACUGGAAACGGCUGCCCAACUGAAGAGAUUCAACAAAAAUGUCGUGGAUGCAGUGAGCGACUACUUGACGCAAGUCUACAAUCAUACCAUGGAGACACUUACCAGACGCUACGGCGAGUCUUUUAUGGCCUCAACGAAAGUAGAGUUUGUUCUUACUUGCCCAGCUGUUUGGUCUGAUGCUGCAAAGAAUACAACGUUGCAGGCUGCAGAAAGGGCUGGUAUGGGUGCGAAAUCUGAUAUCCAGAUGAUCAGUGAACCUGAAGCUGCUGCUGUAUAUACCCUGAAAGCUAUACAACCUAAUCAUCUCAGCGCUGGAGACAAUUUCGUUGUCUGCGAUGCUGGAGGGGGGACGGUCGAUUUGAUUGCAUAUAAAAUCAUCUCGCUGAAGCCACUGCGAGUUGAAGAGUCUGCAGUUGGGACUGGAGGCCUAUGUGGCAGUGCGUUCCUCAACUAUCGAUUCGAAGAGCAUGUAAAGGGGCGCAUUGGAAAGGAACGUUUUGAAGAGAUGAAGCUCAAGAAGGGCAAGUGUUGGCAAAUGGGUUUGCGGUAUUGGGAGGAAUUCGUCAAACGCAAUUUCAAUGAAGAGGAACAUGCUGAAGUCAACGUGCCAUUCCCAGGCUUGCCUGACGACGAGGAAGCAGGCCUGGAUUGUGGAUUUCUGGUCAUGACUGCAGCACAGAUCAAAGAAAUUUUCGAACCCGUCGUCAAGGAAGUCUGUGAUUUGGUACAAGGCCAAGUAGAUGGCAUCAGGAAAAAGGGUGGGAUCGUAUCAGGUAUAGUGCUAGUUGGAGGAUUUGGACAGAGCAACUACCUCUACACGCGAUUGAAGGCACACUUCAAUACUGCAGCCCCGCCUCCUUAUAGCGAGAGACCUACCCUUGCACAAGCGACCUCAUUGAUCGCGAAUGGUUCCGUCGAGGUCAUGCAACCUGUGAAUGCAUGGACAGCGGUUGUACGAGGUGCGGUCUUGAGGGGCCUGGAAGGGAGCAUGGUUAUAUCUCGUAAAGCGAGAAUGCACUACGGAACUUCAUAUGCUACUGUCUAUGAUGAGAAUAAACACCAAGUCAGUGAACGAUACUGGAGUCCAUUGUGGGAGCGGUGGAUGGUUAGCGACAGGAUGCAAUGGCACAUUACGAAAGGAGAAACUCUUAGCGCUGAUACACCCAUCAGCUUUCACUAUACACGGAAUUUCAGGCCUGGACAGUCCUUGAUUGUAUCCGAUGACCUCAUCGCCUCAGAUGCUGAUGGAGAGCCACCCUCCUCAUAUACUCGAGAUCUGAUAAAUGUGUGUACGCUCACGACAGAUCUUGGCGCAGUACCCAAGAGUUUAUUCACGAGGUUGACGACGACGCGGGGGGUGGAGUUCGAUAACUUAGACUUCACUCUCGAAAUGGUGGUAGAGAGUGCGGGAUUAGCGUUCGAGUUGAAGGUCGACGGCUUUAGGUAUGGGCGAGUGGAAGCAGAGUUUCACUAG